CCGGCCCUGCAUCCGUGUCCCGCAGCCUCGAGGCAGCGCGAAGUGGCGGCCGUGCGAGCCAAGUUCCCCAACAAGCUGCCCGUGAUCCUGGAGCGCUACCCCAGGGAGAAGGCGCUGCCCGUCCUGGACAGGACCAAGUUCCUGGUGCCGCAGGAGCUGACCAUGGGGCAGUUCGUGGCCAUCAUCCGGAACCGCAUGGCGCUGAGCGCUGCCCAGUCCUUCUACUUCCUGGUGGAAGGCAACCGGAGCCUGAUCAGCGCCUCCCUCACCAUGGCCGAGGUGUACGCCCGGAGCCGGGACCCCGACGGCUUCCUCUACAUGACCUACGCCUCGCAGGAAGUCUUUGGCGGAGCAGGGCCGCGGCUCGGGCGCCCGAGUCCAGCCGGAGCCGCAUAGACACUUCGAGGAUCCUGCUUGGUGCUGUGCCAGGCUGGAGUGACUCUGGAGCAGGCUGCCCAUGUGGACGGUUCUUAGAUGUUCCCAUGG